CGCGGCCGGGGCUGUGCGGGACGCGGCCGGCGCGGCCCGUCAGUCGGUGGCGGGGACGCUGCGGGGAGCGAUGUCCGAGUGCGCGGCUGAGAGGGGGAGGAUGGCGGGGCUGCUGCUCCUCUGCGCGGCCUCGGCGCUGCUGUUGGCGGCCGUGGGGGCCAUCCCGCCGCCCGAGGAGGCGGCACGCAUGGCACGCUUCGUCCUGCACAGCUGCGACUGGGGCGCGCUGGCCACGCUAUCGGCGCAGGAGGGGCUGCGCGGCCGCCCCUUCGCCAACAUCUUCUCCAUCAGCGACGGGCCUCCCGGGCCCUUCGGCGGCAGCGGCGUCCCCUACCUGUACCUGACGGACAUGGAGAUCUCCGUGCAGGACCUGGAGGUCAAUUCAAAUGCCUCCUUAACUGUGUCUUUGGCACAGACUCCUUACUGCAGGAGGCACAGAUAUGAUCCCCAGAAUCCCCUCUGUGCCCACAUAAUCUUCGUUGGGAGCAUUGUGAAGGUGAAUGAUUCAGAAGCAGUCUUGGCAAAAAAAGCAUUAUUCAGUCGCCACCCUGAAAUGGAAAGUUGGCCUAAGGAUCAUGAUUGGUUCUUUGCCAAAUUCAACAUCACCAAUAUCUGGGUCCUCGACUACUUUGGUGGAUUGAAAAUUGUGACACCAGAAGAAUAUUACAGUGUCAAACCUUAUGGUCUACUGGAUGCAGUGUCUGAAGUCAUAAGGUGGGAGAAGAUCCGUGUGAUGCUGAUGUGGAAAUGAAUUUACUUCGGCUGUUUCAUGAAAGAUUUGUUUUUCCUGUGUAUUGUAGAGCUGAAUUAAUAACACAGUAAAUCAAACACCUCACGUUGUUAAUGAGCAUGUAUUACCCUUAUAAGGCAGAUUUAACUUCUCACUAACUUGAAUCAUGUCGUGCUCAAAAACCUUUGUGCAUGAGCCAAAACUAAAUUUUAUUCAUUGGAUGUGAUUUUGGAAAGGUGGCUGACAGUCUGCAUUCAGAAGUGUUGUGUUUACUGGAAUCCAAAGGAUUAGUCCAGUUCUAAAGCUUUCAAUGCCUUAGUUGAAUAAUAUGUUUGUGAGCACUCUCCAAUUCUGUUUUAUUUUUAAUAACCAGUUUAGUUUAGAAUUUUAUGGCAAAGAACCACAGGAUGGCUCAGCUGACUCGGCUCAGUGGAAUGGAAAGCACUGCUUGUGUUACAAGGGUAAAUGAUGUGCUGAGUUCCCAAAUCCUGUUAAGAAUUUCCUUUGCACACUGACACACUCGCUCGUUUGAGCCGUUUUUUUAUUUUGCUGCCUAUGCUGAAUGUGCUGUAGGAUACAGUUGUAUUUAUGCAAACUGCACAUGUACCUCAGGAUAAGUUCUUGGUACCUCUUCAGUGGUUACAUGCCCUGACCCUUUAAUAGAAGCAGGUUGAUAAUACCUCAAGUAUCUGACUUGAGUAUAAGAAGAGUAGUGGCUUGUAAAUUCAGUGACACUCUUGUAAAGGAUAAAUGUUUUUUGAUUAGGAUUCUGAAAUCUUCAGCUUUAGCAAGGUGUCAGUUUUUAUUUCCCUCAACAGUAGAACUGAGAAGAUUUUUGGGUUUGGAAGCCUUACACAUCACUUCUGGGUUAGUAACCCAGAAGUGAAAAAUAAGCAAUACAGUAUGACACACAUGAUUCAUGAUUUGUAGAGAAUGAAAAUUAAUGAAAGGUGUGCAUAGUUAUUUCUGUGUUAAAAUAACUUGCACACAACCACAAAAAAAACCCCAAAUUAACACCUUUUUACAUUCUUUCUCAUCUGCUGUGUGCUAAGUUCACAAACACUAAAAACUAUUCAUGAAUAACUAAGUUGGUUUUACAAUGAGCAAAUAUUACCUAGUUGACCUAGAAUGUGAGAAUUUAGACUCCUUAAAGGCAGAUUCUUAUAUAGAACAGUGGGAUUUCUCAUAUAAAAUCCCUACAUCUUAAUGUUGUUGUUAUAUCACUCCUUUUCUCAAAUACUGGAAUGAUUUGUGAAAAUAUUUGUUAUGUGACUUAUUAAGUUUUCCUUCUCCAGAAAGGGAGGGAAGGUACUUUUUACUGUUCUUCUAUUUUAAAACUAAUUUAGAGUAAAAAAAACUUUACAAUAUGGAAACAAUUUAUGUUGAACAGGUAAUACUGAUAUUUAAUAUGAAAUUGAAAAGUAUUUUUAUAUAAGGCAUGACAGUUGUGGAAACUCAUAUGAAUCUUUGUCAUGGACUUAAUCUUUACUGUGAGAACACCUGAAUGCAUUACAUGUCACCCUGUAACUUCUCAUGUGUGAGACUGGUGAUGCUGAGCUUUUGUUAAAAUUAAAAUAUUUUUUGACAAGC